UCCACAGACUGCUCUGGAGGCUGGAGAGGGGAAGGCUAAUAGGGAACCUCCUUAUGUUCAUCUUUUCUGGAGCUUAACUGAUGUUUUGAACUUCUUCAGAGCAUGUGAGAGCUGGAGACAGAGGAUUGCUGCCGGACGUGUGGGACUAGCAGUUGGAGAUCAUGUCUGGACCAGAUUCUGAUGAUGACAGGACCUUCAAAGACUUGAAUGUCGUGGGAAUGCUUCACCAGUUUUGGGAGCAGAAGCAAGUGAAAGGCAUGAUGAUGGAGACAGACAAUCUGGUAGUCUACGAGUCCAUUCCCUCACCCGGGCCGCCCUACACAUGCUACGUCACUUUACCAGGUGGCAGCUGCUUCGGAAAUUUUAAGUACUGCUACAGCAAAGCAGAGGCCAGACGUGACGCCGCUCACAUCGCUCUGAUGAACUCCACAUUUAAUGAGUUGCCCUGCCGCCGGAUCACUCCUGAGUUCAUAUCACGCAGCGUGAGAGAAGCCGUCAGCACCACCAGCGGUAACACUGCAGAUGCGUCUGACCCCGGUACCAGUAUAGGAGCAUACUGUCUCAUGCUGGAGCUGAACACUGGGAAAACCAUGCUGGAAUUUCAGGAAAUAAUGAGUUUUCAACUUUUGCACUGGAAUGGUACUCUGAAGGCUUUCCGUGAGAUGAGAUGUAGCCGCCAGGAUGUGAUCCAGUACUACUCCCAGCAGCGUCUGGAUGAGCGCAUGCGCAGUCACAUGGCACUGGACUGGUUACAGAAGGAGCAGCAAUCCCCCGGCCUGCUCUCCCAGGAGCUGCAGCUGGCCAUGAAGGAGCUGGGAGAGGCCCGGAGAACAGGCAGGGAACUCCGCUUCUACAAGGAGAAAAAAGAAAUCCUGAGCUUAGCUCUCAGUCACGCCAAUGCCGAGGAUCUGGAGAGCUACCACAGCGAGGACAUGUCCUGGAGAGAAGAGACUGAGUUUGAGUACUGCACUCAGGAGGGACGCUGUCUGGAGGGAAGUAUGACGGAUCCUUCAGAGCACUGCCCGUUUCACUCUCAGGAGAGCGACAGAGAAUCGGUGGAGUGAGCUCUGGGAGACAAGACGUUUAUACUGUACAUAAUCCUCUUUUUUAUAUAUACAUGUUAGAUUUUUUAGGCUUCUUUCUUUGACAGCGAAGUCAACUACUUUGGAUGCCCCAAAAGAAGCUUACAGCGAACAGUUCACCCAAAAAUUUAAAUUCUGUCUCUCGUGCCGUUCCCAAAAUCAUGAAUUAAGAUAUUUAUUAGUGGAUUGACAUUAAUUUUAUGAAGUUAUGAGAAUGCUUUUUGUGCAUAAAGAAAACAAAAACGAUGACUUUAUUCAACAAUAAUUUAUUCUUCUCGUUUCAAUAAUGACAGUAUGCCACAACACAUAUGUGUGCAUUCUUCUCCUUGCAAACAAGGGUUAAGGCUAGAUGGGAUACAGCUGCGGCCUACAGAGCUUGUAUGCGCGAUGGUGUCAGGCUGUCAGGCUGAACAACAAUAAUUACUCUAUUUGCAUUGUUGUAAGGGGUACAUUUAAAAUUUGG